UCACUGUACGAUGACAUCAGAAUACUCUGCAUGAUACCCUACAACUACAACCAUCCCAGCACAGCAAAAUAUGCGAAGCGAACGUGGGGCAGACACUGCAAUGUCCUGCUCUUCGUCAGUGGCGACAUCGACGAUGAACUGGAGCCCUAUGUGCCAGGAAUCAAUGAGACAGACAAUUGGACUUUGGUGCAUCGGGGCUUGCUGCACGCCUUUGAGGCUUACAAAGACGAGGCCGACUGGUUCCUUAAAGUGGAAGACUCUAGCUUUGUGGUUCUGGAGAACCUGCGCUAUAUGAUACACAGCAAGAAAUUCGUACCAACUACGCCGAUCUACUUUGGCCAUGAACUGGAAAAUGUGUACGCACAUAAGCCCUUUGUCUUUACCCGAAGUGGUUAUGUGAUUAGCCAUGAGGCCCUAAGACGGUAUGUGGACCUGGGCAGAGAUCCAAAGGACGACCACUGCCAGCACUUGGAGGGCUUUACGGAGGAGCUGGAGCUGAGUCGGUGUCUAAGUCAUGUGGGUGUGACCGUUGUCGACAGCCGUGAUGAGGACGGAAACGAGACCUUCAUGCCCGUUCCAAUGAGUCACCAUUUCUUGGAGGGCUACGAUAACAUAAGCUGGCUCAAGAACUUGACAUACCAUAAGGUGGACAAGGCAACAGUCCCCUUGUCGAAGCGCGCCAUAACUUUUCGUGUUGGAUAUCCACCUGAAAUGUACGAUUAUUAUUACUUUGUUUAUCGAUUGCAAUUGUUCGGUCUUCCUAUGCAAAGCUCCCCUGACUCCUCUAAUCAAUAA